CUCACACACACACACACACAGCGCCCCAGGGCGCGCUCCGAGGGAUAAAAGAGCCCGCGCGCGGACACAGCACGAGCAUCACCGAGCCGCGCGCGCCGACAAUGAGAACUUCACUGAACAUCAUCACUUUUCUCUGCCUGUGCAGCAUGAGAGUCACAGCGUUGGACAAAUUCCCAAAAAAAUUUGAGGCAGGUAAGAUUGAAAGCGAAGUUACACUGACCUGUGACGGAGCCAGUAACACACCUGUGACGUGGAAGUUUAAUGGUGAGGACGCCACAGAGGUUGGGUUCGAGAACAUCGUGUUUGACGGCCACAGGAUGACGCUGCAGAAGUUUAACGAAGAGCAGACUGGGAACUUCUCCUGCUGGAGUGGGGGACAGGAAGUGGACUACACCUACGUCCUGCUGGACGUGUCCGACACCAUAACCGACUCUCCUGUGUCCUGCACGGCGGAAAGCUUUAACUGCACCUCCACGAUUUCCUGCACCAUGAGUGAGAAGGGCUACAAACAUUUCAGGCUUCGGGAUGAAAGGACCGACUCCUGUUGGCUGAGUCCCUCAAAGGGCAGGUUCAACCUGACACACACCACCAACCCGUUUGCGGAGGAAGCCACGCCCAUUGUGGUCUUAGGAGAGGGCAUCUCUGAUCUAGGCAACUAUUUUAAAAUCACCGUAAGCUUCUACAUGCGGGAUAUCAUAAGGCCCGGUGUUCCUCAGAUCUCCGUGGUGAUUAAGAGCAGUGGGCGUGUGCUGGAGGUGAAUCCCCCGCUCAAUUGGACUCAGCCCCUCAGCUACUACCCUCUGGAGCAUGAAAUUGAGUUCCGGAGGAGAGAUGAUGGAAAGAUCGACUCAGUCUUUUACACGCAGCCCAACAACACGGACCCGUCAGGAGGAGGCGUCGCCAUCCCACCCGGAACCAGUAAACUGCGCGUUCGCUGCAGAGACUCGCUCCUGCUCUCACAGUGGAGCGAAUGGACUCAGUGGCAAAAUGUGGGUAAGAGAAGACCAAAAAAUGGCAAGAAACUAAAGAAAAAGGACAAGAAGAAAAACAAGCACUCGCGGAAAAGAGAGGAUAAAAUCGAACGUUCUGUAGCAUGAAUCCGCGUCUCAGCCGAGGUCCGUUCCUCUUUACGCGGCUGUAUACUAAUGAGGUGACCAUCCACACGAGGACGGGUUCCCCACCGAGUCUGGUUCCUCUCAGGGUUUCUCCCUAUUACCAUCUCAGGGAGUUCGUCCCUCAGCACCGUCGCCCUCGGCUCGUUCUUCAGGGACGAUCUGAUCACUGUGAUCUGUACACGGUUUUAUCAUUUUAUUUUGAUUGUGUGAGGCUGCUUUGUGAUAGUGACUGUUGUUAAAAGCAAAACUGAACUGAAUUGAAUUGAGUCUCUCUCUCUCUCUCUCUCUCUCUGUCACUCUUUGCUUUUACUCACACCUUUGUCCUUUGUUACACAUUUCCCAACUUGUUUGAUCUUCAUCACUUAUGUCUAUCAGGGUUACACUGAUCAAUAAACCAAACACACACCCACACACACACACCUUUAUAACACACUAGCAGUGCAGGUUCAUGUUAAUCCACUUGCUGUUCUAAUGUUGUUUCCAUAGCAACAGAUCACUUGGACGUGUCCUCAUAAUAAACUAAUUAAAAAAUUUGUGUAAAUCAUUACA